AUGCCCCCCUCCCCGGAGCAGCGACAGAGCCUAGUCCCCAACGCCCGUGGCGCUCCCCCCACACCCCCGCUCACGCCCCCGCCGCCCCCGGUUCGAGAACUGCCCCUUCACGACCAGGUCCCAGCGCAGCUCGAGCGCCACGACCCCACUCCCAGCCCAGCCCUGGGCAGCCCACUCUGGGGCGAUCCGAGCGCCCGUCAGCACCCUCCCCGCGGGAUCGGAACCCGGUCGAGGGCCUGGCCCCUCACCGGUCCAGACGAGACCGAACAGAGCCGCCCCUUCCCCGCCGCCGUCCCUCACGCACCCAACUGGACAGAGCCGCGCUCGGGUUGGACCUGCCAGGCCUCGCCGGGACGCCGCCGCGGGCUGCGGGAACGGGAGCGGCGCGGGGGCGGGGAUCGCGCAGGGAUGCGGCAGCGCUGGUACCCGGCGAGCCCGCAGCGCGCCCCGCCCGCCCGGCCCCCGCCCCGCGGGAGGGGCCGCCGCCCAGUCCCACGCCAUUGGCCGGCCGGGCGACCGCGACCCCGCGCCGCAGGCCUGCCUCCUCGGCCGCGCGAGCCGCCCCUUCCCUGCAUCCAUUCCUGUCCAUUGUCAUCCCUGGUCUGGAUUCUCGAUACAGCUUACGGUAGGCGCGGGGAGGCUGUUCUCCCCGCGUCCCCCUUGCCCUUUCCAAGCCAUCGUGUACCCAGCAUGCAGGGUAAAGCCCCAGCCCCCCAGCCUGGGGGCCGAGGACCCUCACAGGCUGGCCUUAACACGCCUGCCGUGCUUGACGCCUCACUGCAGCCAAAAAAAACCCACUUGUAG